AUCGCAACUUCUAUGCGCUCGUAGAAAACUUCGUAGAAACUUCUCUGAAGUCCCACGUCCGACGUCAAUUUUGAAGCGCGGGGUUUUGACGCGUUUUAUGUCUAUCUCGCCGGAGUAGUUGAUGUUCUCGUACGGGAUGGUGUCUUUAUAGUUGAUUUGGAAAGUGAUGAGGUAAGAAAAUUUUUCUGCGCCGAAAUGAUGUCAAAUUAAUAUUGAGUUAUUGGAAGCUCAGAAGUUUCCAGGACUUUUUUGCCGUAAAAAUUCCGGGAAAACCUCAACUUUAUUAAAGGUCUAAAUUUCCCUUUUCCCCAGCAAUUCAUCAAUAUCCUAACAAACACUUGUACUACGAGGAAAAAAUAAGAGUUUCAGAACAAUGAAAAUACAUUUGAAUAUCUGGAUCGAAGAAACUAUAUAUCAACCAAUCGCCAACCGAUUUAUGCUAUAUGGGACGAAUGGAUAAGACAUGAGAUAUGUUAGAUCUUCAACGAUUUGCUGGCUGCUCGUGGGGUCAGGUAUGGAUUGUCAUAAUCGCCACCAUCUGCGCUGUUUUACACCAGAGCAGCAGUGCUACAACUACAGAAGAAAUAGACAACGGAACGGAAAAUUCCUCUUAUUUGUCGGAGGAGGGUUGCCCAAGAUGGGAAAAGAGUCCUUGGUGUCCUUGCUAUCAGCUGGAAGACGGGCUGUUCUUAGAGUGUCCCAACACAGGAUUAGAAGAAAUACGAGCGACUCUGGCUCUCAUCAGUGCUCCAAUAAAAUCAUUAAGUAUCUACCAUUUGGAUCCAAAUGUUACAGUCUUGCCGAACGGAAUAUUUGAAAAUGUAACAGUAUACCAUCUUCAAAUUUCACACACGGAAAUAGAAACAAUACAAGAACACGCCUUUUCAGGCCUUGAAUUUACCCUUGACAGUUUAUCACUGGUGAACAGUAAGCUAAAAGAGAUUCCACAAGGAUCACUUAACAAGCUGGUAACCUUACGGACACUGGACUUUGAUUCCAACCUCAUAGAAUCAGUGGAGAGUUAUGCCCUAUAUGGACUUCUCAUAACAAGUUUAAAUUUGCAAAAUAACCAAAUUGCUCUUCUAACAGAAUAUGCAUUUGGUGGAUUAGAAAAUACUCUGGAGGAGUUAAUUCUCAUAAAUAACAAACUUAAACAGUUCCCAUUGAAUGCUUUAAGGCGUUUACGAAACCUCAAGACAUUGCGUUUGGUUUGGAACGAGAUAGAAGACAUUCCAGAUGACGGAUUCACUCGAUUUACAAGUCUUCAAAGAGUAGAUCUGAGUUCAAACAAGAUAAAAAUGUUGGAUGAAAGAAGUUUUGUUACUAUGCCACGACUGACAUCGCUGUCGUUGUAUAUGAAUCGUCUGACAACUUUAAAUGAUACAGUGUUUGUAUACUUAAGAGAAUUGGAAUCGCUCGAUGUUAGUCACAACAGCUUGACUUCGUUAGCUGGCAGAGCCUUCAGUCACGUGAAAAAACUCCGCACAAUUGACUUAAGUUUUAACCACUUGCAUUCCAUAAGCUCUGGAGCUUUCCACAACCUCACUCAUCUCCGAGAGAUCUUUCUAACUAACAAUAUCAUUAAAAAGAUAACGAAUGACACAUUUUUUAACACUUCUCAGAUCUCAGUACUUUUCAUACCAAAUAAUGCCAUAACUCACAUAGAAUGCGGGACAUUCUAUCAUUUGCACCAUUUAUAUCAGCUCCAGCUUUCAUUUAACCAAUUACGAGAUAUCCAUCGUUCGAUGUUCAAAAAUAACCGUGAACUACGUUCGUUGUCUUUAGAUAACAAUCUAAUAACCGAGCUUCAGCCCGGAACAUUUCAAGAACUUGUGGAAUUAAGAGAUCUCCGACUACAAAAUAAUCUUUUGAAGACAAUUAAAAAAGGAGUGUUUUAUUCACUCCCAAACAUUCAGGAGCUUCAUUUGCAGUUCAAUCGGAUUGAAGUAAUUGAGGCGGAAGCUUUGCAGUCCCUAGCUAACCUCCAACACUUAAACAUACAGGGGAACAAGAUGUUAGAAGUCGAUGACAUCCUAAGCCGCUACCCGUCCAGUUUACGCUCCCUUCAAUUAACGCACAAUGAAAUUGUGACCAUGAACGCCAACAGUCUCCUAGGACAAAAUAAUCUCGAAAUCCUAUGGCUCAAUUUUAACAAGAUUAAAAGAUUACAUCCUGAAAUUUUCCGGGAUCUGGUAGAAGUGCAGAAAUUGUAUCUAGAUCAUAAUUCCAUAUCAGUAAUCGAAGGAGGAACAUUUUCUGGAUUAAGGCAAAUGCUGUAUUUAAAUUUAGAACAUAACAAUUUAAAUCACUUGAAUGUGGAUAUGUUUCAUGGAGCCGAUCAGUUGGAAGAAUUGUAUCUCUCUCAUAACAAGAUAAUGGAUAUUGAGCCUCAAACCUUUCAAACACUGAAAAAUUUAAAAAUUCUUCAUAUGGCCCACAAUCAAAUUUAUGUCAUUCGGAAAUAUAUGUUUGAAGGUAAUUUGCCCCUAAGAGAAUUGGUUCUUUCUAACACAAUGGCUGAAGAAGUUGAAGCAGGCUCUUUCCUGGAGUUAUCUUCUCUAGAAACUCUUGAUAUGAGUGAUAAUAAAUUAAGUAAUGUCCGAGUGGAUUUUCUUUUCCUUCCUUCCUUGAAACAUUUAUAUCUCUCACGGAACAACCUGUCAGGUACUAAUGAGAAUCUGUUCUACGGAUUAUCUGGUUUAGUUACCCUAGAUGUCGAAGAUACUGGCUUGAGCCCCAUUAGUAACCGCAUAUUUGAGCAAAUGAAUGAAUUAAGAAUAUUGCGCCUAGUUGGAAAUGGAGUGAAAACUUUAGAAGCUGGUCAUUUUUCUAGUCUUGCAUUUCUAAAAGAGCUGUACUUGGAUGACAAUGAUAUUGAAGUUGUGCCAACGGAUGCGAUAGAGAAACUAGUGAACCUGGAAGUAUUUUCCGUUUCAAAGAAUAUGAUUUCCAUCAUCCAAGAUGCAGCCUUCAAAAGCAACAAGAAUAUGAAAAAACUAGUACUCAGUAGCAACAAUAUUGUCACUAUUGAACCGGAUGCUUUUCAACAUCUGGCGAAACUGAAGGAAUUGGACUUAUCAAAUAAUACCCUGAAAUCUUUCUCUUCUGGUGUAUUCGAUCCUCUCAAAAAUUUGGAUAAGCUCAUAAUAGAUGGAAAUACAUUUUCCUAUCUUCCUAAUACACUCCUAAACUCUCCAUUGAAAAAUUUAAGAAUUUUAUCCGUGAACAGAAAUCCAAUGGUAAGAAUACGGCAAGAUUUAAGCACCACUGGGAGCUUCAAAUCACUUGAAACUCUCCGCAUCAACAGAGCUAAUAUCACAAUUAUAGCCUCUCACGAUUUUCUUGGAUUUAGAAACAUAGCCCAUCUCUCUCUUCGGCACAACAAAAUAGUCAAGAUCUCUCCUGGAGCAUUUAAACCCCUCACUAAAUUAACCGUCUUGGACAUUGGAUACAAUAAUAUUGAUAUUCUACCGGAAGAAAGACUGUAUGGUUUGAAAAAACUUAAAACUUUGAACCUGACCUGCAACAGAAUAAUAGAGCUACCAGUUUUCAGCGAAGAUGUUGAACAGUUGGAAAUUUUGGAUGUUUCCGGAAACCAAUUGCAUAAAGUUGAAGGUGUUACAUUCCGCCAUCUAUAUAAUCUGAAAACUUUAUGGAUGCAAAACAAUCAGAUAACUUGGAUUCAGUCCGGUGCAUUUGUUGACCUUGGCUCUUUGUUAGAGCUCAAUUUGGAGAAUAACAAAUUGACACAAAUAAAUGGAAAUAUUUUGAUGCCCAUAGAAGUCAGGGUAUCGAAACUAUUAUUAGCUGGAAAUCCAUUCUUUUGUGACUGCAGAUUGCUAAGCUUCUGGGAAUGGGUGCAGGAGCAUACCAGUCUGAUUCAAGAUGCGGAAAACGAAAGUAAAACUCUCACAUGCAUUAUGCCAGAUAAAUUGAAAGAUCACGCAAUCCUGAGUCUGCAUCCGGUGGACAUAUGCCCUGCGCCUUUCAUAGCCGAUCUUGAAGUCAUCCACCUUGACCAUGAAUCUUUGAUCAUCAAAUGGAACGUACAAAACGGAACACUCAUUGAUGAUUUUCUAGUAACAUAUCAUCUCACUUCAUCCCGAGAAAGUGGCUUGAUAUCCAGUGAACCGCUUCCUGCUACCCAACGCCGCUUCCAAUUGGAAACACUCAAACCAGAAACUUGGUACACAGUCUGUGUGACAGCAGCUGGUAAAUACCUAAGAACCUUAGGAAAGCCCAUACCGUAUGUUACAAUGGAAGGCAAAUCUCAACCUGCAGUACCGGACAAUGGAAAUCAUAAGUGCCUGCAAAUUAAAACAUUAGCUAAAUUACAAAAGACUAAGAUGUCUUUGUCUACUCUGGGUAUCAUACUUGGUAGCAGCAUCAGCGCUGCACUUGUGCUAACCCUAUCGGUACUACUGACGGCCAUUAAAUUCCGCAGGCGUCGACGGAGGAGACCUGUUAAGAAUGAUGUGCCCCAAGAAUACAUCUCUUACAGACAUUUCUCCCUCCAGUCUUCAGAAGGUAAUUGGAACGUAAGAAACGCUUCCACUUCGCCGAGCUCAAGAGCGGAGAGCUCAAAAAGUCGAAUUGCGCGAAAUGAUGCAUUUUCUUGAAUCGAGAAAGCUCAUUUUUUUUUCUAUCGCAACCUCGCAAAAUACGUGUUUUUAUACCCACUACUGUCAUUGGUAUAUGAAGUGAGGGUCCUUUCUAAAAAAUUAACAUUUAGAAAUUGUUAGGGAAUAAAAAUUAAUUUUACAAGACUUAGAUUUUUAAGUACUGACAACUUCAGUUGCUUCAUUUGAAUUGAGGAUAUUUACAUUAAUAUGUAGGUACCAUAUAUUCAAUGAAAAAAAAAACAAAUUGAUUUAUACUCAAUAUCGUUCCACAAAACUGAACGCAAAAUGUAAAGAAUCCGUGUAAUUAUGUUAUUCGUCUCUAAACUUCUUAAAGUGAAGUAUAUAAGAAAUGACUGAAAGUGCAACAAUAAAAUCUUCUUAUUGUUGUGGUGGCAGGUAUGUAUAUUAUCAAUAUUUCUGGGAUAUUCUCUAAAACAAAUUUUUAAUUCUUCAGUUUGUUGUUUAAAAGUUGAAAAUUUAAUUGAAAUGAAAGGAAAAUCUAAAAAAAAUUGUUCUACUGAACGAACCUUUAUCAUGAUUUAAGUAUAUGAGGAAUAAAGAGCUAUUUUAAGAAAUUCUUCUGCUCGCGAAAUAAAUUCAGUUUUACAUGUGUAAGUCAAGUUUUUCGAUUAAUGUAAAAGUAUUCUCAUGGCUUUUAACACAAAAACCUUAUUCAAGACGAAUAUUAACUUGUACAUUACAAUAUCAAGUUGCAAUACCAUUUCUAAAAAAUUCAAGAAUUCUGUAUUUGAUAAAUAUAAUUACGAGGUAGUCUCCUAAAUAAACGACAUAUUCGAAUAAAACAUCGGUUUAUUACAAAAGACGUCACAUCUAUAACAUUUCCAAAUAAUUCAAAAAUAAAUCAUUCAAUGAAAAUAAUUAUCUAAAGAAGGCCUUCAACACAAAAUUUAAAUAGACCAAUAAUUAACGCAAAACAAUGCAAAGUUUACUACUUUUUUCAGUCCAUUCAAAAAUUGUCCACAAAAUAUAAUAUCUUCAUUUCACCGAAACAUCUUGCACUUUCUGAUAUUCCAAAAGCAAAUUCCUAAAAGUCUCAAAUGAUUUAUUGGAAUGUAAGUAUCUUUUCAGAAAGUAUUAACGAAGUUGUAAGGAAUCUUUUGUUGAACUUUGUUCAAAGUUAGGAACUAUUGAUGACUCAUAAAUGACGCAGAGGAAACAAUGGAAGACUUUAUCCACUCCUGUUGGAUGGAAUACCUCCUUGGUGCAUAAAAAGACUGAAGAGUGGGCUUACUGCACCAACUAGAAUCGCAGUGGGAUUUGGUAGCUUUCGCAACUAUUUACUUCUCCGAUCUGAAACGACUUCGACUCUUAAGCUUUGGUUUAUAUCGUGAUUUUGAAAGAUGAAACUAUCGUGUUUUCGGCUGCAUUAACAAAGGACGAAUGUAGGCUAUUCAACGACUGAAAAUUGUUGCAACGUUACUCUUAAGACAAAGCUUAAACAUCCAUUUCCUGAAAUAAUAACUGUUUACAGCAGAACUUCAAAUUAUGAAACACAGGAUCAAACUGCAGUUGAAACUAAAUGACUACUUUCGAAAACAUGUCAUCUAAAAGUUUUGGAAAAUACUUAUCAUUAUAGAUCAUUUGAUAUUGAGUUAUUAUUAAUCAUGAGUUAUUGAUCAUUAGAUAUUGAAAAGUUCAAGAAUAAGUUCUGAAAAAAUUAAAAGUGAUUGAUGGAAUUAAUAUGAUUAAAAAAUAAAAAAGUAAUAAAAUAAGCAAAGUCUGGUCUAUUUAAUAAUUCAGUGACAGUUUCCUAUGAGACAAAGGUAUUCUUUUCCUUAUGAUAUUUUAAAGGAAAUAAAUUAAUAUAUUUCAAUACUCUUGCUUCUCAUAACUAUCUUGAACAAAUAAUUUAUAAAAGAGCGUAACUAAGUCACUUUAUUCCACAGUAAUAUUAAAAACUUUGAUUAUUGAAGAUUAAUCGUAUUCGAACAAAAUCAGUCCGUGCAUAAGUUACUGAAUUAUUUAUCACGCUACGAAAGUAACCACGAUAUGAAACGAUGAAGUCAUUCAUUAAAUGAACUGCAGAGAUUUAUUUUCUAAUCAAUCAUCAUUUUCUUUUUCAAAAACAUUUAUUCUGAUAUUUGUAUUUAUUUUAGAAUUUUCAUCGCAUUAUUUUUUUUAAA